UGAGUCAGAAGCCGAUCUGCCACCCCGCCUUGCUGAAAUUGAAACGAAGUAUAACGCAAAUGUAGAUCCUUGAGACAGCUGGGGUGUACAAGGGUUGGCUUCCGUGCCUGAGGGCUGAGGGGCAACGGAUUUUGUACGACCGCAGUUGCAGCGGAGCUUCAUCAUCUUCUCGAUCAAGGCGGGGAGAGGAUCCACGCAUCGCCAAAUUGCAGCAAGAAUUGGAGGAGGAGCAGCGGGCGUUAGAGCAUGUUCCUCGGCCUCUUGUUGUCAGAAGCGAUGAAGAAACAAGGGCCCGGCUAGAAGCGAUGGAACAGAUUGUUGUCAGAUAUCAACCUCCACCUCAGUCUCUUCCUCGGCCGUACAUGUUGCACGUUGAGCAGACUCCUCAAGUUACGCACAUGGAUCAUAUGGGUUAUAAUUCUAACUCCGGAUAUGGUAGCAUGUCUGCAAUGGGGUCAACAUUCGGAUCUCUGUCGUCUGAUUUCUUCAAUCAAUUUCAGUCAUCCGGAGGAGGCGACUGAGGAGGCGACCGAGGAGGUAGCCGAGGAGGUACCCGACCCAUAGACUUCGUGGAUGUCGAAGAGGAUCAUCUUGAUUAUGAUGAUAAUGAUGCAUAUGAUAUUGUUGGAUUAAAGUAGAGGAUUCAACAAUGGUUAUAGGCGUUUUACCUUUAUUGCAGGUAAAAUGUCCCAGUAAAUAACACGAAAGACAAUAGGGUUCAAUGUUUUUGUAAAUUACCUCUUGAGUAAAUCCGGUGCUGCCAGUUUGAAUUCCGAUUCUGUAGAUCCUCUCAGCUGUGACAUCCAAUUCCACACAGAUUGUGGCCUUUGAUGUCUGGAUAAGUUUGCCGUUCUCAUGUAAACGAGUAGUGGUUUGCCGAUUAGGGUAGCUAUCGACAGUAAAGCUCGUUUGUCUUGAAAGUGGACCGGUAGAUUGGGGAGGGUAAUCUAGGUGGGGGUUAUGGGAGAUUCUUUACCAGGCCGAAAAUCAGUUGUCCAUUUGGUGAUACGAAGCUUGAAGCCCAUUAUUAACCAUGUCUGGUUCAGCCAGCACCGUAGGAAGUCUUCUUCCCUGUCAAAGGUGAUGAGAAUGUGUCUGGGGGACAAAGGUCCAAGCGUGAAGUUACCUUUGAACCUGAGCUUGUCAAAGGUGCUUCUAACCGCAGCAAGUUUUCGGAUCCCGUGAAGGAAGGUCCCAACUAGAGCGUGUGUUGGCGGUUUAGCCGGGGCAGUGCUUUCUUCUUGGGAAAAAGAGACUGCAGGAAGUCCUUGGAAUGUAGAGGGUUCUUUUAGGGGAAGAGGGUUAUCGGGUUGGUUGAGCAUAUCUGCAAAAGUAGCAGGUUUGGUUUUGUGGGAGGAUGUAGGUCCAGCAAAAGGGGGGUUUACUGAUGGCCCGGUGGAUAGGGUUGCCUUGUAUGACCCCUUCCGGGUAUGUGUAGAAGAUGGUAGGGGUUGUGUAUUUGCGGAUGGGAGGGAGGGCUGGUUGUUUGGUGGUGGUUAAAAUUGGUGGAGUGGCUGAGACAGUGGUAGAUGGAGGUGGGAUUAUAUCUGAGGAUGUUGUUGGUGUGCCGGGGUCGAAGGUGGAUGAAGCUGGUACUGAUAGGUUGCUGGCAGUUGCAGCUGCGCUGGUUGAUGCUCCUGCUUCAGCUAGUGUGCUCUUAGCUCCGGCGGUCAUGGCUGCAUGGUGUAGGCGGAGGGAGGAUCCACUGCUCGUGAAUUAUUUGGAAGAUCUUGGAAAAGCCCAAGAUACUUUUGGAUCCGCUACUCGUGAAUAAGAAAUAAAUUGAUAAAUUCCUGAAAAAUAUAUACCUGCUGGGAAGAUGGUGAUUUCAGGGAUUUGGAGCAGAUUCGUGCUGAUAACGUGUUAUAAUAUGGAAGGAAAUAAGCAGAAGAUCAGGGAGAGAAAAUAUAAUAUGAACACCUACUGAUAGAGGUGUUAUUGAGAGUCUGAUAAUGGUGUAAAUCAAGGAGAAGAAGAUCUUUUCAGUUGAUUCCUUGCCAGCAGUUUUUCAGCAAGCAGCUUGGAGCUUACUGUCUUGAGAAUCUCUUCUUUCCAGUGAGAACAUCUUUGAUGACAUUCUUGAGAACAGAAUGUCUUCAUCUGUCAUAGACGAGCG